CGCAACCGACACAUCACUACAAUUAACUUCAACUUGUUAGCCUUGGCAAAUCCACACUUUUGUAGCUAUUAGCAUACAAAUGACUCACGUUUCCCGCAGGCUUCGCUCAUGUACAACACAUCAGGAACAUGAUAACACCAGAUUAUUGGUGUUUCCCGUCUGAAGAACUUACAAGUUUUCUCCAGAGGGGGCGACAAAUAGCAACAGUAACUGCGACAAGAAGCUCAACCAAAACACGCGCGUGAUCUUCCUCGACCUUUUAAAGAGGCCAUGUGUCCUGUGGCGACCUCGCUCGUGGACCAGGAGCCAAUCGGGUCAGUCGCUCGCGUGUCAGGAUGUGUGCGAGCCACGCCGUUGCCAAGGCCGCAGCGUCAGGUUGGAGGUGCAGCCUGUAGGAGGUGUGGUCUUCCCAGAAAGCACCAACAAGUGGGAGGAGGAGGCGGGCGAGACGUUGGGGAAGGGAUUGAAAGAAUCUCCCUCGGAGUAAAUCUCUCUCAAUCUGAUUAGUGUGUGACACACUCACUACAACUUGAACUGUGUGGACACACAACAACGCAACAACAGCGACUCCCAUUGUUGAGUGAGGGACCCAGGAUUGAAUCCUAAGAUGUUGCUUCUUCACCUUCCCGAUGCAUCCUUGCUGGAAUGUUUGAGGCUAAAGUGAGGAUGAAGAUGAUGAAGUCGCCGCUGUCAUCCUCCCUCCUGCUGCUCCUCUCCCUGCUCCUGUGGCGUUCCUCCUGCGCUCCAGGUUCAGACUUUCAUGACUUCUCCAGCGCACACCCACGCUUCGUGUGCACCCCUAUUCCGGCGGACGUGAACCCCUCCUGCUUCCCCGCGGCGGACGUGGGUGUAGGCGGGGGAACCCAUCAAAGCCCGCCCCCCGUGGGAUGGUGGGGAGCGAGCGAGGAGGCCAAAGCCAGCAUCCUCCACCUCAGGGAGAGCCUUGUCCGCCAGAAGGAGACCAUCCUGGACCAGAGGGAGACCAUCAGGGAGCUGACAGCCAAGCUGGCCUUGUGCGAGGGCUUCGGGGGGGCAACUCAUGACGAACACUCCUCGGAUCACGCCUACCCCGACAUCAACCACCACUAUGGUAACCUCAUAACUGACUCGCUGCACUCGCCCUCGGAUGGAGCUCACCACCAGGAGAAGGACGUCAAACAUGAGAGCUCAGGGGACGGGCCGUCCUCGCCAGAGCAGAUGGAGAGGAUGCUGCAGGCACUCAAGGAGAGGCUGGACAACCUGCAGCAGAAGAGGAACUCGUCGCUCACCUCCUCCAGCUCUCUGAGGCAGCUCCUGCAGAGGAAGAUCCACGCUCUGGAGGAGCAGCUGCACCAGCGCACCGCCGCCCUCAGCGGCCACAGCGACCGGGGGGACCAGAACAACCGCCACCAUGCUGACGACCAUCGCGGGCACAUUGACGACCGUACGGACGACGACGACCGGGCGGUGGGAAUCAACCGCACCGGACAACACUUUGACCAGCACAGCGACGGCCGCCAUGAUGGAGACAAUGAGGACGCUGAUGAUGGUCACGACGGCAACGAAGCAGACGGUCACGCUUACAUGUCGCACACAGGAUACAGGGAAGCAUCACAUGGAGGAUACCACCACAACAACCUGGACACCAUGCUCCACCAGCUUCACCUGGCAGGUUCCAAGAGUGCGGAGGCCUUCCAGAUCAGCUUCCCCAUGAGGACCAACCACAUGUACGGACGCAUGAAGAGCACGCUCCUGCAGGAGAUCUUCGCUCUGACGCUGUGUCUCUGGAUCAAGGCCGGCGUCGGGCACGCCAUGGGGACGCCCUUUUCCUACUCGGCGCCAGGACAGCCCAACGAAUUGGUGCUGAUCGAGUGGGGGGGGAACCCCGUAGAGCUGCUGAUUGAUGACAAGGCGGUGCCUCUGCCGCUGUCCCUCAGCGACGCCAAGUGGCACCACGUGUGCGUGACCUGGUCCACGCGGGAUGGACACUGGGAGGCCUACCAGGACGGGGUCCAGCGGGGGUCCGGGAUCAACCUGGCACCUUGGCAUCCCAUCAAAUCAGGAGGGGUGUUCAUCUUGGGACAGGAACAGGACACCCUGGGAGGUCGUUUUGACGCCACCCAGUCCUUCGUGGGAGACAUGGCGGACGUGCAGAUGUGGUCUCACGUGCUGAGUGGCGCCGACAUCCACGGCCUGGCUUCGUGCGGUAGCCACCUCACAGGCGAUGUCAUCUCUUGGUCCCAGUCGGGAGUGGAGCUGCACGGUGGCGUGGUCAGACACGCCCAGGAGCCCUGCCACUCAAAGACUUGACGGCUUUUUCAAGGGAAGAUGAUGCCUCCAAAUCAGAAAGAAUGCCUUUGUUUAAAGUAGGAGUGCUCUCAUUGGACAACAUUAGAGUAGGGGUGUUUUGUUAACAUUUUGAUGGAUUUCCAUUGAAUAAAUACAGCUAAAUUACCAAAGAAAGUACAGACAUAUUAUGUUAGACUUGACAUACUUUUUAGUCGUGUGGAGUUUAUUUUGACAUGUUGUACAGGUUUUAUGCUGUUAAGUGCAUUUUUUUAGGAUAAGAAAUUGUAGCUGUGUUGUAUAGAAACACAUUUUCAUUGGAGCCUCAGUUAGUGUCCUCCCCGGUUAUACCAGAGGUGGAAUGAGCCAGAAUGUCGUCUGAGUGAAAUUUUGUGGUUUAUUCCUGGAUAUUUGAAGUGAAUUCUGAUUGCAUUCCAAACAUUAGACCCCUUGUGGGCGGCCAAAAUGUUUUGAGCAUGCUAAAAACUUUUGAGGUGGAUUCUAAGUGGAAAACCGGCAUUCUAACUGCAUUAUAAAUAUUCUUACGGUAUUCCAGCAGCAUUCUGAAAAAAGAAAACUUGGCCAGUUGCAGCUGAAACGUCACCACGAAGCGUCGCCUUAUUCACAUCGCUUCAUACGCCAAGGAAAAAAUGAGCCAAGUUAGCUCCAGCAGCGUGGACAGCGCAGAGGCGCCGAAACCCAAGAAGCCCGCUGAAACAGUCGAUUCGCAUGACGUCAUGCCGCCAAUGAAAAAAGGAGCACAGCGGACGGAGGCUUUAGCGUGUUUUGGCUUAACGUAAAAAAUGUAUGCCACAAUUUUGCUUGCAUUUUGCAGUUAACAAAUAAUAUGGCACCUUUUGUCGUGUUAUUAAUACACUGCGUGAGUCCAACUGUGUUCUUAAUGUAUUUUUUUAUAUCACAAACGCCCUUCCCUGUUAGCUAGCUAAACAAAAUGGCAACGGUGAACAUGAAGUUACAUCUAUGAUGUCAUCAGCGGUUGACUCUCAUAAAUGCGAACACAAAAACACAUACUGUAGUUUUACAUGCAUAAAAGAAUUCUAAAUGAUGAGUGACAGGGAUAAAUGAACAUUUAAUCUUACUUGUACCUUCAGUGAAGAUCACACGAAUCACGUCUUCAUUGGAGUUCAUUCAAGAGGUUAGAGUCGGACGGCUGGGACGAAUUGACACUAACCAAGGUUCCACUGUACAGUGCCGUGGUUUUUUCUACCUACUUUUGAAUACAUUUCAGCUCGUUCAUUUCUAUUUGUACAAUAUGUUAAAAGUAAGGGAAAUCUAAUUACCAUUUCAAACAGCAAACUACAUCAGCUUGUCAACCGGCUGUAGUUGUUCACUCUCGGGGCAACAGUGCCCCUUAGCGUAUUGGUAGAGAAUUGCAAGUCAGAAGCUCCUGUUCCUGAUUACCACGAGAUGGCGCCAGUCGCACUACGAUUAAACUCGGAGCGAUUUCCUGUUAUUUUCCUAUGGAGUCUUCAUUUGUUUUAAUGCUCAUUUUCCGUUCCGUUCUACCGCUAAAAGUAAAGGUAUUUAAAGUUACGUACAAGCGUCCAUGUGAAGAAAAUGGGGCAGAGUAGUUGUUCAGACCAUGUAAAUACAAUGUGUGUGCUGUUCUUUUCAUUCUUUGUGUGGUUUAAAGUGCAUGAACAAACACUCAAAUCAACAGCUUUUGUUUUUUAUUGUUACACAGUAGUUUACUGGCACCAAUAUGUUACGGUUUUCACCUUUUUGCUACAUUUACAGAUGAUCUUCUACCCGUCGUCACCUGACAGUAAAUAAAUAAAUAGAAAAUAAACACUUUGUCUUCUCUGAAAGAGGUGGCUCAGUC